ACCGAUAUCGACAUCGGAGUGCGGAGACAGGCGGAGAAAGGGGCAGAUAGGUGAAACCCACACAUGUCGUGGCCCUUUGUUCCACCUUGCCGCGGCCGUGCACACAUAAUACCAGACUAGCAUAGCGUGGUGUGUCACACAACAAUGUUGACAUUUUACUGCCGGCGGUGCGUGAGUGCGCGAGUUCAUAGUCAGGUUCAUAGUCGAGCAACCUCGAUUCAUCGCCUGCAUCCAAGGCAUACAAAAAUCGCAGUUGUCAUCAAAUGCUCUGGACAAGGCGCUAGCAGUCACGAACAGCCAAGCUCGCCGCACGGCUCCGAGACGACGCGGUCCACACCCCCGCCCUUGUCCUCGCGCCACUACCUCAACAUUAGCAACGAUUCCCUAGGUCCUGCAGCAGCAGCGGCGUCUGCAAGUGUACCAGUUGUAUCCCCGGCAGCAGUACGGGCGCAGAGGCACUCUGCGUUGGCACAGACGCUAGUUCAGUUCGUGGCCCGCCUGCCGCCAGCCUCACCCGGCUCGGCCGCAGAGGCACUGCGCUCGCGGCUGGGGGCACGGCUGAGUGCGCCAGCGCUGGGCGAGUGGAUCCGGGACUUCACGGAAGCCCUCGCGGCAAACGCAACACGGCAGGCGCCCACGUUAGCUGAAGAACCGCAGAUAACGCUCGCCACAGCUGACUCCCCAGAUGGGCCCGUCUGGGACCCGCAGGAGCAAGAGCAGCUGCAGGCGGAGCUGGAGGGCGCGGUGGAGCGGCUGCUGGCGUCCCAGCCGCAGCUGCUGGCACAGGACUCGGCAGUGCUUGUGGCGCGGCUGAGGGGGCUGGCGGGGCUGCUGCAGCUGCAGCUGCUGCGGCGGCCGCCAGGCGGGAGCGGCCCAGGCGGAGGCGGAGGCCCUACCGCACUGGACCUGGCGCUGCAGCGGCCGGCGCUGCUGCUGGCGGACCUGCCCACACUGGAGCGCCGCCUGGCCGCACUGCAGGCCGCACUGGGGCUGCCGGACCGGGCGGCGGCGGUGGCGGCGGCGGUGCAGCAGCCCGUGUGGCUGUACAUGGAGCCGCCGCCCCCACCCGUGUGAGGCCUGCACGUGUGUGCUGCUGUAGCGAAGCGCCGCAGAAUAGGACGGGGCAGGGCAGGGCGGGCCGGGGCAGGGCGGGGUAAACUCAGACUUGUUGGCCGCUUGAAUGGUGGUGAAGCAGUGCCCGUGGCGGUGUGUGCAGCUAUGCAGUGUGCAGGCCUCUAUCACUGGGCGCUGUGUUACUUCCGGCGGGCACUGGGCCAGUGGUCUGCAUUGUUCAGCGGGAUGCGGUGUGGAUGCGGUAGAACGGCCAAGGGUUGAGAGUCACAAGUUGGCGUAAGCAUGUUCCUUGUCUGGUUUUUGGGCUGAGCCCCCGGGCAGCAGCAGCAGCGGCGGCAGCAGCAGGAGCAGCAGCGGCACAGGGCCUGGCGGCAGCGGCCCUGGGCCCAGCAGUUGCGGCGUGCAUGUGCGUAGCAGAGGGGGCGAGCAAGGCCACGUGGAGGAGAAGAGCGCGGUGCCGCUCAAGAAUAUGACGAGUGUUGUGGAAACGAAUGCGUACGUAGACCAGAGCGGAUGGCGGAGUGGGCUUGCAGGCGGCACGAGAGUAGGCAGUCAGUAGCGCAAGUUGCGAAUUCACAUGUUACCUCGUAACCGACGGUAAACGCUGUGGACGGUUGCGCCCAUGGCUGGCUGACGGAAAGCGGCUGCUGUAUUGGGAUGGCUGGGCUGGCCGACGGCGGCCGGGCGUUGCUUGGGACUACCAGAAAGGAUGCGCCCGAAACCAACCGGGAGAACACCAGCGGCGCCGGCGCGCAGGUUGAGGCCGGCCGGUGCCGAUUUAGGGUCUUUGCUGGCGAGCAUGGCACAGUGUAUGGUAGGACGCAGCAGUGAGGAGUGUUGCGGCUAGAGGAUUUCCUGCUGUUUGGCUGAUCGCUGCCUGUACUGUUGCUUGACAGCGGGACAGCUGCCUAUGCAUUAUCAUGUUUUUAAAUUGCUCGUGGGUUUUUACAACCGUGUCCAAAAACAGCCCCACACGUAUUGUCACCGUGCCCUGAUUGAGGAGCUAGUUGAGGCGGUUAUUAGCAGAUCGAGGACAGGGGGCGCUAAUGCAGCCAAGCUGGGCUGGGGUCCCGACUUUUUGCAUACUGUUGAAAGCCUGUUUGACGUAUGGAAGGAUAUGCCGACACCACUGCGCAACCAACGCGCAAGGGAGCAAGUACUUUGGUUGCUUUCUAAGCCGCUGCCAGAGGCUGAGCUUCUUAGCGCAUACAGGAAAAGAAUGAUGGCUUCCUGGGCCCACGAUCGGUUGAUUACACCACCUGAGUCGUUUCCGUCUGAUUCCUUGCACCCCGGGCUGCAUAUGUCCAAAUACAAGCACUGGAUGGGGCUCAGUUUUGAGCGAGCGGCGCCACCCAUGCACCCACCCCACGCCCACUGUUUUAUCCCUUUUGAAGCACACAGAUGCCUUAUGAGGUUUCGGCUUUGCUGUUGGCCGAUUGCAGCUAAUAGAGAUCACCAUUUACCUAGAAAUGCCAGGCUUUGCCCCCUCUGCAACAAAGGAGUAGAGGAUGAACGGCAUGUUUUACUUGAGUGUGAAGCGUACACGUGUGUCAGAUCAACGUACGGUAUCAGUUCUGAUUCAAUGAAGCAGGUUAUGCAAAGUGCAGACCAAUUUAAGUUGGCUUGCUGCGUACGUGAUAUUUGGUCUAAGCGCUGUCUUUUGAUUAGGCAGCACCACGACGGUGCACAUGGUGUGCAAGAUGCAACUAACAAUCCAGUUCCAGGAGACGAGGGGCCCUUGCGGCUCGGUUAGUCUCGUUGCAGGUAUUAGGAAUGCACACUUCCAAUCCUGUAACACACACACACA